UGUCAUAUUUACGUUGUUAUUAGUCAGCUAGCUGGCUUCUUAAGUUAGCACUAGCCAAGCUAUCUAACAUCCCCGACCAUGAGUUCACUAAGCUACUCUCCUGAUAAAGAGGAGGAGGUCUGCUGGACCGAGAAAGAAGCUCUCGUGAAAGAGGAGGGGGAAGAGGAGGCUGUUACAAUACAAAAACAAGUAGAGGUUGAGACUGUUACCGCGAAAGAAGAAGAGAAAGACGUUUCAGUGAAAGAAGAGGAAGGUGUGUUCAGAGUGAAAGAGGAGGAAGAUGUUACAGUAAAAGAAGAGGAGGGAGAGAAAGACCAGGAUGCAGUUUUUGGAGUUAAAGAGGGGGAGAUGACUGUCACAUCGAAUAAGGAGGAGGAAGGAGAGGAGGAAACUGAAUAUCUGGGCCCGGUUUCCCUCAUGCAUCUUAAGGCAUCCAAUGGUUCUAACGAUGAACUUAGCAAUAAGAUGGUUUUGAGAAACCGUUCCCUGAUUAACACUAGAGAGAGACAUGACUAUUGUGGAACCUCUGGGGAGCCUCAACAACAUCAUGAAGCUGAUGAGGCAAAGAAGAGUCUCUCCACAUCAGAAACCCUCAAAAAACACCAGCAGAGAUCCACAGAGAAAAAAUCUCAACGCUGCUCUGACUGUGGGAAGACCUUUUCAAGAUUAUAUACAUUACAAUCACACCAGAGAAUUCACACUGGAGAGAAACUUUUCAGCUGCGAUCAAUGUGGGAAGAGUUUUGUUACAUCUGGCUGUCUGACUGUACACCAGAGAACACACACAGGAGAGAAACCUUAUAGCUGUGAUCAAUGUAAAAAGAGUUUUGUUACUUCGAGCUCUCUGACUAUACACCAGAGAACACACACAGGAGAGAAACCUUAUUGCUGUAAUCAAUGUGGGAAAAGUUUUGUUUCAUCUAGCCGUAUGACAAUACACCAGAGAACACACACAGGAGAGAAAUCUUAUAGCUGUGAUCAAUGUGGGAAGAGUUUUGUUUCAUUUAGCCAUCUGACUAUACACCAGAGAAUACACACAGGAGAGAAAGCUUACCACUGCUCUGACUGUGGAAAGAGUUUUUCUAUCUCAGGGAAUUUUAAAUCACAACAGAGAACACACACAGGAGAGAAACCUUAUAGCUGUAAUCAAUGUGGGAAGAGUUUUGCUCAAUCAAGCAACCUGAUAGCACACCUGAGAAUACACACGGGAGAGAGACCUCACUGCUGCUCUGAGUGUGGGAAGACCUUCUCAAAAUUGUAUACAUUACAAUCACACCAGAGAAUUCACACUGGAGAGAAACCUUAUAGCUGCUCUGAAUGUGGAAAGAUCUUUUCAAAAUUAUAUACAUUACUAUCACACCAGAGAACACACACUGGAGAGAGGCCUCAUAGCUGUAAGCAAUGUGGGAAGAGUUUUAUUCGCUCAAGCUGCCUGAUGGUACAUCUGAAAAAACACACAGGAGAGAAACCUCAUAGUUGUGAUCAAUGUGACAAGAGAUACUCUGGUAAAAGAUCUCUGAUCAAACAUCAGAAAAUACAUGCAUGAAGAAGUUGUUUCAUUAUAUCAAUGAAAUAAUGUCACAAUGUAGAUUGUUUUUAACAUUGUAGAAGGCGUAUUUUAAUUAAUAAUGUGACAAUGUAGAACCCUAAUAUUUUGCCCCUGUUCUAUUGAUUUCAGUUUGAUAUGGAUAUUAGCCUCAUCAGGGGAAAAAUCCAGGUUCUGAAAUGAAAGUACUAUUUGUGAUUAACAAGAACUUGUUGCAUUACACUUACUGCAUUGGCGACCUACUUGAAUCAAAAUGCAACACUUCAAAAUGUAGCGAGCUAUCACUAACCAGUGAUGUACACAUUAUUCCGUGUGUUUUUUGAGCUGAUAGUUUAAUCAGGUCGUGCAACCUCAUCUCCCCCUCUUGUGCAAUUGAUUUCAACGUGAUAUUGAUGUGAGUGAUGCUAAAUAUGUGUUGUGUUUCUCUUCGUUUUGGAGACCCCGAAAUUUCAAUGCGUCACUCCAAAAUGUAGCUGACUGUCUUCUGUCGGUUGUCCUCUAACCUAUGAGGUCAAAUAUGUCUCCCAUUUCCAUGUUUUUGUUUGUUAUUUUUGUUAGUUUCAACAGCACGUACAACCUGAUUUCCCCCCUAAUAGAUAUCAGUGAUUUAUUGCCAGUUGUCAAAACAAGUGUUUUAGAUGCUUGUUUUUUAUUUUAUUUUAUUUAUUUAACUAGGCAGGUCAGUUAAGAACAAAUGUUUAUGUUCAAUGACGGCCUAGGAACAGUGGGUUAACUGAUUUUCACUUUGUCAGCUCAGGGAUUCAAUCUUGCAACCUUUCGUUUACCAACGCUCUAACCAAUAGGCUACCUGCCGCCCCGAACUGCUGGUGCAGUUUAUAAGGUGCUCAUUAAAAAAUAACAAUAAUAUGAUUAUUGUUUCAGAUGAUUGUGUAGAUAGUACAUUUUAUGUUUAGGUUUUCAAUAUCACAAACUGUUUAUGCGUAUUGGUUAUU